AUGGGGUUUUCCCCUGCCCGAACAUCUGCAGAUUGGUGGAGGAUGCUGAAGAUUCAAAACUUAAAAUGAAAGACGAGCUUCAGGUCCCAAGCAAGUGAGAGAAAAGGACGCGAAAGCGCUGAGACUAGCUUUCUUGAUUCGCCAACAGGAAAUGAUGAGAUUCUGCUUCACCGUCUUCCAGAAGGACAAUUAAUUAUGACCAAUCAAAAUGCCAAUCUACACGACCUAUGUAGAAUGUCUAGCGGAUCAAAUCUUACAGUAUCUAGCUCCGAGAGCAGUUCCGGAUUAAAUUCACCUCAAGAGCUAAAAGCAAGAAACUUCAUCCAACACAGCCCAACUAGCUUCCUCUCAUCUCUUGGUUAUGCCUCAGUGCCUCAGAAACUGAUAGCAGAUGAAUCAGCCAGAGCUCACCAAGAACAACAGAGGUCAAAGUGGGAGUGGUCGCUAAAUCUUGAUGGCGACUUGAGUACAGAUGACUCGAAGAUUAUAUUACAGAACGUUCAAACGAGCAAAGGAACAGAACAGGCUUCCCACAAUGAGGUUGAAAGGCUCAAUGCUGAGUUAUUUGCUUUGGCUAGACAAGCGGAUGUUUCGGAGUUGGAAUUGCAAACUCUUCGCAAGCAAAUGGUCAAAGAGACCAAAAGGUCUCAGAGGCUCUCAAUAGAAAAUGUUAGAUUGAAGGAGGAGAGGGAUUCUCUCAAGGAAGAAUCUGAGAAAUUUAAGGCCUUCAAAAGUAAUUUUCAGGGCGGAGAUCUGCAGGCGGUCACGGUAGAAUUAAGAAAAGAAGUAAGUCACGAGAAGGAGGUCAAUGCUCAUCUGAGGUUGCAACUUCAAAAGACUCAAGACUCAAAUGCUGAAUUGGUUCUUGCUGUGAAAGAACUAGAUGAUAUGUUAAAGCAGAAGGAUCGAGAAUCACCCAAAAUUGCAGCAGUUGAAGAUGAGGACCAGAAGGCAUUGAUAGAGCUCAUUAAGGGCCAAGCAGGUGCAAAUGAUCCAACCCAGCUCGAUCACAAUAUCACAGACCUUUGUAGCGAAAUAGCUAACUGCAAGAGGGAAAAGGAUGAAUUGGAGAUGCAGAUGGAGCAGCUUGCACUGGACUAUGAAAUAUUGAGGCAGGAAAAUCACAAGAUGUUGUCAGAAUGGGAACAAUUCCGGCUCCAGGAACAACUGAAUGUGCAAUAUCAAUGCGCUUCUUGUUUGACCAACGGAAGCGAAUGGGAAAAUCAUAUUCAAAUAUUGGAGAAUGACCUCAAGAGCAAAUCAGAAUCUCUCUCAGAUGCUCUAGCAACCAUUAACAAGCUUGAAACGCGUAUUUAUGGCUCGGAGCGAGAAUUGGAGAAGCAGGCGAUAGAAUUUGAAGCAGCUUUCGAAGACAUAACUUGUGCCAAAGUAGAGCAAGAGCAAAGAGCUAUCCGAGCAGAGGAGACUCUAAGAAAGACGAGACAAAACUAUGGGAAUGUAGCUGAGAAGACAAGACGGAAGUACGCCAAUGUUGCUGAAAGGAUUCAGGAGGAGUUCAAAAAUCUCUCCAUGCAGAUGUUGUCGACGUUCGAGGCUAAUGAGGCAGUGACUGCGAAAGCAUUGACAGAAGCUCGAGAACUGCGUGCACACAAAAGUCAAUUAGAGGAAACACUCCAGAAAGCUAAUGAAGAGCUCCUUUCUGUUCGAGAAUAUUACGAAGCAAAAAUGGAAGAGCUUUCCAGAGAAAUAAAAGUGAAAACAGAUCAGAUCGAGCACAUGGUGUUGGAAAUCAGUGAGAAUUCGAGGAAGCUUGAACAUCAGAUGGAUCAUGAGACCGAAGACUGUAAAAAAAAAUUGUCGCGGGAGAUCGCGACGUUGAAAAGUGAGAUAACAAGGCUGAGUACGGACAAUCAUUUCCUCUCUGAUCAAGAGGAAAAUCAAACUUCAGAGUUGAAACAGAUGAAAAAAUCACUCGGUGAAACCAAGAUUGUGGUGGAAAAUGGAAAUGCAGAACGAGAUGAGCUGGUCGGUGCCCUUGCUUCAAUGAAGAAAGAGAUGGAGGACUCACUGAUGGAGUUAGAUUCCUUGAGGCAAAUGAAAGAUCAAAAGGAGAUCGUAAUUGAAAGCUUAAAGUCGGAAUUGGAAAACCUAAAAGCUCAGAGUCAUGACAUGAAAAGGUCAAUAGUUGACGAUAAUUCAGGAAAAGAACGACUAAGAAAACAAGCAAUCAAGCCAAAGGGUGAUCUCAAGAAGCAGGAAGAUGCAUUCACCGUGACCGAGAAAAAGAGGAACAGGCGAGCAGUAGUUUCGGACGGAAAAAAGGGUACUCCUAGAAGUAAUAAGCCUGCUCAAGUUUCUAGCAGCAACAAAGAACUAACAAGUCUCCAGGAGAAAAUCAAAUUGCUUGAGGACCAGAUCCAAUCAAAGCAAGCCGCAUUUGACUCCAUGAAGGAUUCAUUCCUAGCUAGGGAAAGUGAUCUGCAAAACAUAAUUGAGGAGUUAGAGAGAAGGUUGCAAGAAAAGAGACCUGAAGAUAUUGGCGAAAUCACGCCAACAAGUGUGACACCUGAAGAAAAGGAAACUCUAGCAGAAAAUUUGUGCAGUGUGUCGCGCAAGCCCGGAGAAAAUGGCGAUACGACCCAUGGGGAUCGUUAUGAUAUUGUUUUGGACAGUGAAGCUUUUAUCUCCGGUUCAAAUGCCAGAGAAGGCAACUUCGACAAGCUCCUAACUGAAUCGGCAUCAUUGAGGGAGAGGAACGAGGCGAUGGAGCUUGAGCUAAAGGACCUGCAGGAAAGAUACUCCCAGAUAAGCCUCAAGUUCGCUGAGGUGGAAGGUGAGAGACAACAGCUGGUGAUGGCUCUACGAAACCUCAAGAAUGCCAAGACUGGCAACUGAUCAUCACCGGUGAAGAUAUAGCGUACAGAACUAAGGAUUUGGCUCUGCCCAAUCAGAGUCUUGAUGCAAGGACGACCGUUAAUAAUCUUGGACAUAGCAAAUAACAGCUAUGGGCAUGUGCGGCGAGGGUUUUCCGAUUAGGUACCUGUUCUUCAGGACAAACCAUCCUCAUACAAAUUUGUAAGAGCUUUUCAUUGUACCAGAAAUAACUGAAUGACUAUGUGGGGAACUUCCACUCGUUCUUACAAUUUGCCUUCCCAUCAAUAACACGAGGUACCGA